GCUCACAGAAUAGGCGUGCUUUAAAUCCCGCCUCAAAUGGUGUCACACCAGAGGCGCUCCGUCUUUCUUCCACUCCGGACCGUCAGAGGAAGAGUCACGAUGAGCGGUCGAGUUCUGGUCGGAGUUAAGCGGGUCAUUGACUAUGCUGUCAAGAUCCGAGUCAAGCCGGACCACACUGGAGUGGUUACGGAUGGCGUCAAGCAUUCGAUGAACCCCUUCUGUGAGAUCGCGGUGGAGGAAGCCGUCAAACUGAAGGAGAAGAAGCUUGUUAAGGAGGUGGUGGCCGUCAGCUGUGGUCCUCAGCAGGUUCAGGAGACGAUCCGGACGGCUCUGGCCAUGGGUGCGGACCGUGGCAUACACGUGGAAGUGUCCGGAAAAGACUACGAGACGCUCGGUCCCCUGCAGGUCUCCAAGAUUUUCGCUGCUCUCGCCAAGAAAGAGCAAGCCGAUCUGAUCAUUCUGGGUAAACAGGCCAUUGAUGAUGACUGCAAUCAAACUGGACAGAUGACAGCCGCGCUGUUGGACUGGCCGCAGGGAACCUUUGCAUCUGAGGUGAGCUUCGAAGCAGACAAGCUGAAGGUGGUGAGAGAAAUUGAUGGUGGAUUGGAGACCAUUAAGAUCAAAUUGCCAGCCGUGGUGACCGCUGACCUCCGUCUCAACACUCCCAGAUACGCCACGCUGCCCAACAUCAUGAAAGCAAAGAAAAAGAAGAUUGCGAAUGUGAAGCCUGCAGAUCUGGGAGUGGAUGUGUGCUCACGGCUGGAGGUGCUGAAGGUGGAUGAACCUCCUCAGAGACAAGCUGGAGUGAAAGUGGAGACGGUCGAGGAUCUGGUGGGAAAACUGAAAGAAGCUGGAAGAGUAUAGAGGAAGUAGAUGCAGGAGGGGUGGUGCAGACUAACACUGAAGGUCCUUCAUCACUGGUGAUGGAGCAAACUUUAAAGCCAGUAAAGU